UGAACAACAGCAGCACCACUCCCUGCUAAUUGUGCCAUUGUGGCCUACUAUACUGACCCUUGGUGAGCUUUCUAGCUUACGGUCUUUGGUCUGUUUUACUACCUUCUCCCCAUCAUUGUUCCUCACUCCUCAGACACAUACUAUUCACGAGUUAUGCGGUAGUGUAUUCCAGCUGUCAGUGCAUGAGUGAUUCUCGACUCCCUUAUGCUCUUUGAAGGCAUCAAACAGAAUAACAACAUGGUUGUUGCUCGAGGCACGGAGAUACGGAUGGUCGGAGGGAACGGAACGGAGGCUCGGGGGAACUUUCGUCCUCGAGCAGCAUCUGUUUACCUACAUACAUAGGGAGGUAUGUACAGGCAGGCAGAUGGCGACGAGAAGGGAUUUCCAUGAACUACCCUACACUUCCUCGUAGCUCACACGUCCCGUCUCUUCGAAGCGCCGCGACCGUCAUCAGGCCUUCAUCCAACUAUUAGCACCCAACUUUUUCAAGUUUUGCUUUCCCAUCGCAGUGACCAUAUCGUCUGCCAUGGUCUCUCUGGAGCAGAUCCGGGCUUCCAAUUCGCGGGUGGGAACCAGUCUGCGGCCCGGGCUCGUGGCCGUUUUCGCCGGAGCAACUAGCGGCAUCGGCGAGACGUCGUUGAUACAGUUUGCCAAGGUCGCCGUCAGGCCCCGGAUCUACUUCCUGGGGCGGUCCAAGGCGUCUGGGGACCGUGUGCGGGCUGAGCUGCAAAAGCUGAAUCCAGAAGGAGAAUACAUCUACAUUAGCGUUGACGUUAGCCUGAUGAAAGCAGUCGACAAUGUCUGCCGCGGGAUCAAGAACAAUGAGGAUGCCAUUAAUAUCCUGUUCCUAACGACAGGAACCAUGGUUACCGGGAAAGGUAUGUGAGUGGAUGGAAUCGGGGAUCUAGCUAUUACCAGGCAGGAAAGAAUCAAGACAACCCUGGGGGUACGGCGUGGCAUGGGUAUGCUUGGCCGCUGGUGGAGGCAAGAAGAGACAAGGAGGACUUGCUGACUGACUUCACCUCAUCGUAGACACUGACGAGGGGCUCAACUACCCGGCCGCCGUGACAUUCUACGCGCGCAUGCGCUUCAUCGUCAACCUCCUGCCACUGGUGCGGAAAGCUACUGACCUCCGCCGCGUUGUCGCCGUCUUCGCCGCGACCAAGGAGGGCCCGGUCGAUACGGGGGAUCUGCAGGGCCACAAUGUCCAGCUGUUGUCGCAGCGCGGCCACUUCAGCUCCAUGACGACUCUCGCUUUGGAGGCCAUCGCGGAGAAGGCCCCUGAUGUCUGCUUCAUUCAUGACUUCCCGGGUUCCGUCAAGACCAACCUGGGAAAGGAGGUCAAAUCCGCGACGAUGAUGGUCAUGAAGGCCGUCUUCAAGGUCAUCGGCCCGUUUGUCUUCCUCAAUUUCGACGAGGCCGGCGAGCGCCAAGUGUUCUUCUCGACGAGCGCUCGCUUCCCUCCGAGAGCUCGAGGCGACGAGGAUGCUGCUGCUGCUAUCGCGGCUGGGGUGCCAUUGCCACCGGGCGUCGGGGUCGCGCGAGGGACGGAUGGCAAUACCGGCAGCGGCGUGUACUCGAUCAACAUCGACGGCGAGAGCGCGCCACCCAAGGUCGAGCAGCGGUUGGCCAAGAUGAGAGAGGAUGGCACAUUGCAGAAGGUGUGGGCUCACGUCGAGGAGGAGUUUGUUCGAAUCACCGGCGCUGCGGCUAUGUCUGUGUAGGCUCACCUGCAGCUCUGUCGUGACUUACUUUCAUCUUCUCUCCUGGCCGGCUCAACUGUUCGUCCGUCCCCGGCUCGCAAUUGUUAUAGGAGGGCGGCAUGCACUGCAUAUCUCAUCCUUCACAAAGUAUUCCUUUCCGGCUGUCUUGUGUUUAUUUCUAUAGCUGUUAGCUAUCCGGGUAAGGCUGCGCCGUGCUGUGUGAUGUCAUACUUAAGCCAGACCAUGACAGGGGCCGACAGCCUUAUUUAGAGAGGAGAUUCUAUCAGACCAUACUUGGACUGGCUAUCUUGACCGGGCAUACCAAGCUAUACUUGACGGGUGAGAUAUCUACGCUAUAAUAUUGAGGAUGUGGAAUUACAAUAAGGCGUAGUACCGCGUCUCGGAUACCAACCCAUCCAUCCUCCCAUUCGUUCCCUCG